AUGUCUAACCGCUACAGUAAUUACAAAGGGUCGGUUCGAGCCCCCCGUGAUGAUUCUAGGACUGGUAAAGAAGGAUCUUGGGACAUCGGUGAGCGGGGUCGAUCGCGCUCGCCUGUAUGGUCCGCCUCGACUAGCAGACAAUCCGUGGACAGAGUGGAAAGGACUAGUAAUCAGGACAAACACGUGAAACAUGAAUAUGAAGGAAACAAUAUAAGGUUAUCACCAAAUGAGUGGGAAGAUUCUGAUGAAGAUGUGCCAGCACCACCACCUCCUCCUCGCAUAACUAAAAUAUCCAUUGGCUUCACAAAGCCCAAGGAACCAAUUAAAAUGACAUUGAGUGGUGCAUCCAAACCUGCCGCGAGUGCACCUAAGCCCGCAGUGGCUUCGGUGUUCAAUAAUGAUGAUGAUGAUGAUGAGCCAGAAGAGAUGCCAGCUGAGGCUCGAAUGAGGAUGAGAAACAUUGGAAGAGAAACUCCCACAUCUGCUGGACCAAAUUCAUUUGGCAAAACCAAACAAGGAUUCUGUGAUGCAAAGAAAGUCUUUGAAAAGAAUCUUAAGCAGGCUCUAGAAACAAACCAAGUUGAAAAACCUGUAGGGAAAUUUCCUCAAACCAUAUACAAAAUAAAGGGUCCUUGA